UUGAAAUUGGUGGUACUUUAUUUCAUUUCAAAAUAAUUUUGAAAGAAAUGGAAUAAAGCAACCGUAUUUUCUUAUACACAGUAACUAAUAACCGUGCGUACAUUUACUGUCAAACAGUUAUUAUCGAAAUAUCCCAUUUUUAAUAGUCAGAACUAAUAUAAAUAAAAGUUUUAAUUUUACUUAAACAAAAUGGAGGAGAAAGAAUGGUUUUUAGAACGUAUCGACCAUAGCUGUUUUAGCAGACCAACACUGCCACAAUUACGACACAUUAUCUCGGAUGAUCCUCGGAUCAAAAAGUAUUACCCAUGUAUCGAGAGUUCCAGUAUCGAGGAAGCACGGACAGAUAUCGGUUUUUCCACUGGCAAUUCUGGAGCAGAAAAUAAAUGGAAUCAUUUAAGACAAGAAGAAUCGUUAUUUUACAAACAAAUAAAUAAUUCUACUGAUAAACCUCAAGGCGAUGACACUAACAAAAUCAAGAUUCUCGGGAUGGAAAGCUCAGGAAUUGAAAGUCCUGAAAUCGAUGGAUUAUUUGACGAAAUAAUGAAUUGCUUAGACGAAGAUGAAACAAUAGAUUUCACUAGUAACGAACCGAAGAGUGCGUUAGAAAGCUCCCGGCAAAAGUUAAAAAAUUUAUUAAAUAAAUCUCCAGUGAAAAAUGUUAUAGAAAAUCCAUUUCUUGCAAAUACUGGGCCAUCAAAUUUAUUAAAUAAAGCUCCAGGGAAAAAUGUUAUAGAAAAUCCAUUUCUUGCAAAUACUGAGCCAUCAUCAACUGUUGCUGAAAAUGCGUUUCUUCCAAGGACUAUGCCAUCAGAAGCUGUUAUAGAAAAUCCAUUCCUAUCAACUACUGGGCCAACAGAAACUCAUGUGAAAAACUCGUUUAUUUCAAACGCUACAUCAACAGGAACUAUAGAAAAUUCGUAUUCUUCAAACACUGGGUCAUCACAAGUCCUUGUAGAAAAUCCAUUUCUGUCAAGCCAUGCAGUCGUCGAAAAUCCAUUUCUAUCUGUUGAAGAUAGUAAAAAAUUAUUUGAUAAAAAUAACCAUGAAAAAUUGGAUAAAUUUCGGAGCAGUCAUGAUCGAGUGAAGUCUUUAUUAGCGAAUGUUAAUUUACCACCCGAAUUGAAAAAUUUUCGUGAUCCAAGUAGUUUUGAAGAAAGUUUGCGCGGAAAGAAAAAUACUGAACAAUCGUUAAGAAAACAAGAUAUAUCCUACCUUGGAGCAACUUUACCACUAGGAGAAGCAGGUUCAUUUCCUCGAGAAACUUCAUUCGAACGGGAACUGCGUGGAUUAAAAGCUAUUUUAAGAGAAUCAAAAAGUUCCACAACAUUGGCUCGAAGUCGAUCAAGAUCAAAAUCACCAAGAAAACGACGUAAAAGGUCUCAUUCUAGAAGCACCUCUAGUGGGGAUACCUCUAGGGAUAGAUUAUCAGGCUCUCGAAUAUAUCGAAAACAGAAAGCAUCAAGAUCUCGUAGUCGAUCUCGUUCUACAGAACGUAAAAAACUUCGUAAAAGAAGUCGAUCUAAAACUCCGUAUUCAGAAUUGAAAACACGAUUUAAAAAUUUCCAGCAAAAGCCAACAAAUAAAGACAGUACUAAAAUACUAAAAUCCCGAUGUAAUUCACCAGUAACACAUCGCUCUACUUCAAGAGACAGAUUAGCGCGCCCUCGAGUAUAUCGAAAACGGAAAACAAGCUCAUCGAGAUCCCGAAGUAGAUCUCGAUCUUCAGAACGUAAAACUCUUCCUGAGAAGAAGUAUUCAGAAUUACAAAAUCGAUGGAGGAGUACCCAACCCGGUAUAACAAAAUCAAUUUUGAAACCGCGAAGUAGAUCACGUUCGUUAGAACGUCAGAAACUUCGUAAAAGAAGUCGAUCGAAAACUCCAUAUUCGGAAUCGAAAAAUCGAUGCAAAAGUUUCCAAGAAAAACAAUCAGAUAUAGAUAGUAAAACAAAAUUAACUAGUCGAUCUCACCUUCGUCCUCGUCGAUCUAGAAGUAGAUCUAGAGAAAAAUUUCGUGAUAAAAGUAAAUCACGACGAUAUAGAAGCAAAUCACCUAGUGGGGCAGAUAAUAAACGAAGGCUGUCUAAAAGUAAAUCUUUAUCACCUCCUCGUGAAUCUACUGAUAAUAAACUUAAACAAUUAAAUGAAGAAAGUUCUAAUUCUAAUAAAUUACAAAUACCUUCGUUUUCAAUAAAUUAUCAGCCACCAACGUCAGUAGAGUUACCACCUAUGACACCAGUACUUCCACCGAUGCCACCAAUACCACCUAUGUUAAUUCAAACACCAAUGGGACCAAUUGUGCCAAUGCAACAACAACAACCAAUGGCGUCCUUUGAUAUUCCAUCGACGAGCUGCAGUCAAGAAACAGAAUUACCAUCGUUCAACUCAGAUGGAAAUUAUUUAAGGAAUAAUUCUUGGAAAUCUACCAAGAAAAAGAAAAAAAUACCUCAUGAAGAUAUAUAUUGCGAUGUGUGUAAUGUAUUUGUGAAUACAGAAACACAAUACAACUUACAUGUAAGGAGCAAAAAGCAUAAGAAAAAAGAAGAAUUAAUAAAAUCGGUUCGAAGGAAUGGAGGGAUACUACCUACUCCAGCACCUGUCCCUCAAGUCAAAUUAAGCUGUGAAGUUUGUCAAAAAUAUAAUUUCCAAACUGUUGACUCAUAUAACAAUCAUAUGAUGUCAAUCAAACAUUUGAAAAAUUUCACUGCAACUUUAAACGAAGUUUCUGAAAUCAAAUUAUUUAAUCCCGAACAACAAUCCAAAACCACAGCUGUCGAAAGUUUCCAGAAAUAUUCAGAAAACGUAUUUGCCAAUGAAGCGAUAGCUGUGCAAGUAAAAAAGAAAAAUCAGAUUAUAGAAAAUCAUUGUCAACUGUGCGAUGUUACAGUUAAUUCCGAGGAGCAAUUUGAAAUGCACCUAAUUUCAAAGGGACACAGGAAAAAGUUAUCAAAAGUAAAUAAGUCAAAGGCAAAAUAAACUUCAGUCUUUUUUCUUCGAUUUAAAGGAUCAAAGCAGUGAAUAAGUGAGUAUUAGUAUUACCUUGUACAAAAUAUAUUUAAAAAAUAUGAUGUUUUGUAUGCAAAAAAGUGGAGGUGCACUAGAUGGCAACUAGAUGGCAGCACUAAUUAUAAAAUUUCAUCAUUUUUCGAUUAACAAACUUUUUAACCACCGAUUCAAAAAGAGGGGUGUUAUUAAUUUGAUUACUAUGUUUGCGUAUGUCUGCCUGUCUGUCUUUUUGUGUGUCUAUGACAUCGUAGUUCCUAAACGAAUGAACCGAUUUUGAUUUUUUUUUUAGUUAAUUUGAAGUUAAUUUAAUUGAGAGUGUUCUUAGCUAUAUUUCAAGAAAAUCCGUUCAGUUUGGACAACAAAACAGUAUUUGUCAAUUAUUUGUUUAAAAUAGUUUAAAUGAUUUUCAUACAAUCUUUCAUACCCUUUUCAACACCAGCAAAAUAAAUUAGUUCAGUAAAAUGAAGAUUUAAACUACCAUCAAAACG